AUGGAUCUGUUCCUGAUCGAGCUCGAUGCCCUGCAGUACCGAGUCCGGUUCUGUUUCGCGCAGUUUCGAUGGAGACAUCAUCGCCGCCUGGAGACCACCACUACUGCUGCUGCUGCUGCUGCUGCUGCCACUACGAAUCCUCCGCCCGCCGCUGACAGCAAUCUAGACGCGCCGUCGGGAGGGGCCCCUCGCUCGCCUUCCAAGCGGAUCUCGCUGCAGGUCUCUAGGGACGCUGGGAGUGGCCCAGAGACCCAGCACAGGGUAAAAAAACCCCCGAAAUAA